AUGUUUUCGCUUGUCCGGGGUCUUUACAGUUCCAUCUUCGCCGAUGACACCAGGAAAGUUCUGAUCGUUGGGUUGGAGUCAUCUGGGAAGACAACGCUAUCAGAGCAGCUCAAGCACAUGUACGCGACGGAAAGUAGCAAGAAUGGUGCCAACAGUUCCACUACGGAAGAAAAUAGUGGUGACGCAACUGCAAGUGAGGUAAACUAUAAUUUUCCCACACCGGCCCCGGUGGAGUCUUUGAGGAAAAAAAUUAGGCCAACUACAGGAUUGAAUAGGUCGAGCGUCACGCACGUAACAACGCCACCGCAGCAUGAGACACCAAAUGUCUCGCUCACACCCUUAACGACGCCACUUAUAUUAUGGGAUAUAGGAGGGUCAUUACGACCUCUUUGGGGAAACUUUUUUGGUACAUGUCAUGGUGUUAUAUUUGUUGUGGACAGCACGUUAGGUGAGGCCACAUCAAAUGGUUGCAGUGAAGGAGGCAGGAAAACUUCACCUGAUCAAGUUGGUACGAGUGAAGAUGACGAAAGUGAUGUAGGUGCCCAACCCAACUCACCUAUAGGGGAUGUACGUGAAGGAGAGCGAUCCCAAUUCCUCCGUAAAUUGUAUGCGAAGGAUGCGCUCAUCCUCCGCCAGAUGUUCAGUCAUCCAUUACUAGCUGGCGCCCCACUCCUAAUUGUAUCGAACAAGGUGGAUGCAGCAAACCAUCAUACUCUCGUAGAAAUUCAGGACGCGCUGCGAUUAGUUGAUGUGGCACUGAUGGAUGAAUUCUACGCAGACGAUUGUGUGGUGGGUGAGCCCGUUUAUGGCGAGUUGCACAGGAAUGGUGAGGGGGAUUAUGAGGGUCCGCCGGAUCGGUCGGCAUAUGACAAACUUUCAAACGAAAAAUCGUUUGGUGGUGUGGCCACGCCCCCACCGGGUUCAAGUGGUAUUGGAAAUAGAGUAAUGCGACUCGUUGAGAUGAGCGCGCUGCAUGGCACAGGAGUUGUUGACGGGAUGAAUUGGCUUGUUGCGCAGAUGCGUGAUAGCGGAAGGCAGCCACUACCAGAUGAUGGUAAAUAA